AUGGGAUACAUGCAUAAUAGAUCUAAAUACUGGUUGGAUAGAGUUGGUACCAGAGAAAUGGUCUGCUUUGGGAUGAAUGGUCAACCGAUGUAUGUAGAUGAUGUCAGUUUCCCUUGUCCUGCAAUUCGCUACAAAGAAACAACGCCACAAAUCAAAGCUCUGUACGAAAAACAAAAAGGCGAUUGGAAACUAUUAACCAAGGACGAGAAGAAAGCAUUGUACCGCGCUAAUUUUUGCCAAACUUACGCUGAAUUUCAAACAAGACCCAAUGGAGAAUGGAUGGCAAUAACUGGAAUGAGUCUGAUCUUCUGCUGUGCAGGAGUCUGGCUGUACCUUUUCAUGGUCCUUUUUGUUUAUUCAGGUUUGCCUGAUUCUUUUCACCCUUCUCACGUUAGAGCUCAGAUGAGGAGGGUCAUCGAUAUGCAGGCUGAUCCUAUACAGGGCUUAUGUUCCAAUUGGGAUUAUGAGAAAAAUGAUUGGAAAGUCAAGAAAUGGAAUACUCCGCAAAAUCCAUUCGUCCGAUGCACAGAUGAUGAAUAG